UUUAUUUGUUUGUUUUUGUCCACAUGCCAAACGCACACGUAAUCCCAUCAUCAUCAUUCAUGGAUUCGGGGCGUGUUUUAUUAGCAGCAAACGCUGCGGACGCAGGAGGCGGUGUAGGAAUGCGGCUCGUCGAGAGAGAGAGAGGGAGAGAGGGAGAGAGAGAGGACAGCUUUGGCUCGUCGCCAUGUCCAUCAAGGAGGAGGAGGGGGAAAAAACACACACAAAAAAACCUGUGACAUUCCGCAGGAGUAACCUUUGACCGGAAACAGUAACUGGGAACAAAAUCAAGAGGUAGAGCUGUGCAAAGUUGGGAUGAAAACAGAGAAAGAAAGAAGAAAGAAAGAAACAAACAAAUAAACAAACAAAGAAGAAAAAAAACACCCCUCCUCCGCUGUCAUCAUGAUUACUGAACAGGUUCAAGCCGGCCUCGCUAAGGUUGUCAUAAAACCUAAUGAUAUGAAAUCCUGCGGAUCAGAGCGGGAUCAGACUCAUGUAAGUUGCAUGAGCAAAAGCCUAUGGAAGCUUCAAAGGGGGAAAAAAAACUGGUUAAUGAUUUUUCUGGAAGAAAGCCUAAAAAGAAAAAAAAAAAACCUCAGAAUUACAUUAAUGCCUUCUCUGGCUGCUAAUCAGCUUGAAGUUACAACCUUAACUUUACCUUUUUUAUUAAAAGUUCUAAGAGCUGAAAAUGCUCAGCUUGGGCUAAGAAGUAAAGUUGGGCCGAGAAGUGCCCACCUCCUUUUCUAAGAAGGAGGAGAGAGAGAGAUAGAGAGUGAUAGAGAGAGAGAGAGAGAGAGGGUUGGAGGGUGAGAGUGGGGGGGGGAAACUGGGGCUUAAAAAGGUAUUUGACUGUUUGGCUCCAGUCAUGGCCGGGAGCUCAGAGAAAAUACCCAUCGCGACAGCAGAACCAGAGGACCAGCAUCAGUUCAUGCCGCCGGCCUACUCCGCCGUGGCGGUGAAACCGCCCUCCGCCGGACUCCUGCUGAAGGCCGGGAUCGCCGUGCUGGUAACCGGAGCUGUCCUGCUGCUGCUGGGAGCCGCCGGCGCUUUUUACUUCUGGAACAACAGCGAGAAACACGUCUACAAUGUCCACUACACCAUGAGCAUCAACGGCAAGGUGGAGAAGGGCUCCAUGGAGAUCGACUCCGCCAACAACAUGGAGACGUUCAGCACGGGCAGCGGCGCGGACGAGGCGCUGGAGGUCCACGACUUCGAGAUUGGAAUUACAGGCAUCCGGUUUUCGGGGGGAGACAAGUGCUUCAUCAGGACCCAGGUCAAAGCUCAGCUCCCGGAUGUGGAGCCGCUGAACAAGAACCCGACCACAUUUGAACUGGGCGACGAGGUGAUGCCAGCCAAAUUCGAGGACGACCUGAUCCUGGUGGCAGCAGGUCCGCCUCUGUCCGACUCCUCCUUCCUCAGCAGCAAGAUCAUGGACCUGUGUGGAGACCUGCCCAUCUUCUGGCUCCGUCCCACACACUCACCCGGCGGCCAGAGGAAGAGCAGAGCCGCUCCUCGCGAGCGCCGGCAGGCAGCUGCUGCGGUGGAGGAAGAGGACGGGGGUCCGCAGUUCAACCCGGAGAACCCCUAUCAGCGAGGGCUGGAGGGCGAGCAGGGCGCCGCGGACAUCGACCCCAUGCUGGACCACCAGGGCGUGUGCUGCAGCGAGUGUCGCCGCGGCUACACCCACUGUCAGAGGAUCUGCGAGCCGCUCGGCCACCAGUCCUGGCCGUACCACUACCGAGGCUGCAGGGUGGCCUGCAGAGUUAUCAUGCCCUGCAAAUGGUGGGUGGCGCGCAUCAUGGGGCUGGUGUGAGAAAACCACCGCACUUGCCCGAGACAUGGCAGAGCCCAGGAGGGAGGGACGGGGUUCAAAGGGAGGUGAGAUGAAGGGAAAAGUUAUAAAAAUAAAAAAAAGAGGGAUGUGGGGGGGGGGUUACUUAAUAACAUCUACUGUAGGUAGCUGAGUCUAAGCUGAUUUGUUCAAAAGCAACUUGCAUUAGUAGCUGCGUUUAUGAAUUCUAGAUGCAUAUAAAGCUGAUCUGACACUGAAAGGCAAACGCAGUGGCGGCACAUCCUUUCAUGCUGUUAAAACACACACACACACACACACACACACACACACACUGCAGCUACUAAUCUGGGGUCUUCUGAGCUAGAGCGCAACAUGCUACCUAGAAAACAGAGAUGGUGACAUUAGUUCAUGUAAACGCUUAGGAAAAGCUUGCAUUAAUAGAGCCAGUGAUCGACAUUGCCUAAAAUUCUGUACAUAAAUAUCUACAAAGAACUCCAGAAGAAGUCGGUGGAUUUACAGAACCGCACAUCUGGAGGUGUCCGAUGUGGAAUAAUAGAAACUUUGAUGCAUUUUAGUGGGAUUCUAUGAUUUUAUGUGAUAACUCGCCAUGAACGGGGUACGUGGGCAGAGUUGGAGGGAAGGGUUAAAUACAGGGCAAUGGUGGAAGAAAACUUGUCUUUGGGCCCACGGCCCCUUUCUGAAGCCGCCCUGGGUAGCUGCCCAUAUGAAACCCUUCCACUGGAAGCCAGAGUUGCAAAUGGAAGGAUUUGGUUUAGAAAUGUAUAAAACAAGCCGAAAUCGAAUCAGUUUUAAUCACAAAUAAUAAAAACAGACGCCAUAUUUGAUUGGCUACAACCUUCCAGGUGGCUCUGAUUAGCAAUACAAUAUUAAUAGGCAUCAACCGUUUUCUACAUCUUUUGCAAUGGUGACCAAAAUGCUAAUAAUCAGGAAGAGAAGUCAUUUAUUGCUCUGUCUGUAAUCAAAACAGUCGUCACAGUAAAAUGACAAUGUCACCGUUUCUCACUAUUGGUCAGAUUCACUUUCAUGCUAGAACACCCAAGGUCCAGCGAUAAAGCAAAUAGAUGUAAAAAUGUGAGAUGUUUUGUAGUAUCCCCACAGCAUGAUGCUUCCACCACCAUGUCAGGUGAAUUGAAGGUGACUGAUUGUACUUGUAAUAGGGGUUAUCAGAGUAAAGACACGUCACACUUUUAAGAUCAUUUGUAAAAAAAAAAAAAAAAAAACAGGUUUCACUUUACAACCGUGCGCCAUUUUGUUGAAUGAAAACCUAAAUAAAAUCCAUUGGAAGAGGC